AUAAGCACUGAGCCAUAUCAGGGUCUUGAUAUAUAUAUAAAGAUCCACACUAAAAUAAAACAAGAAAAAGCUAAGAAAGAAGAGAGGACAUUACUGUGCAGUUUAUCCUAAAAGAAUGGCAUCAUAAGUGGACUAUAUUUCAUUCCUGAGAACAACAUGUCAAUGCCUCGAAGCAACGGUGGUCAGCUGAUCUCCAAAGCCUCAUUCAACACCAUGGCAGGUCCUCUUGAACCUUCAGAUCUCAAACCUCCAAGUGAGGAUGAGGUGUUUUUUAAGAACUAUAUCCCCCCAGCUCGAGAUGCCAUCCAUAUGCCAAUCCAUGUGCUUUAUAUGGUCCUGGCCACCAUUAUCAUAAUCAUGACCCUCUACGCCAUCAUCGGUCACCUCAUCAAAGAUCUGCUCCAUGAUUUAACAGACUGGUUGUUAGGUGAGCAGCCGGAGGAGGUGGAGAUAAACUUUUUAGAGGCAAGAGAUAAAUUCAUGGCAGACUGGUGCCCAGAAACUACCCCUGAGCUGGAGGAACUAGCUAGAGCCGAGCAGAUAAAAGUGGUCAUGGAAAGCAGCAACCACACUCCAGCUAUCUGGGUCAUUUCAGAUGUGAGCGAAACACGUCCUCCACGCGCUGGACCACGUGUGGCAUUUCAUAAAAACACAUGAGCUACAGUAUGUAUUGGCUACUUUCUGGCACUUCG